GCUCAGCAGAACACGCUGGAUGAACGCAGCGGUGCCGCAAUCAGCGAAAUCCCGCAUUCUCCAUUCACAUCCACGCCGCGUCUGCUGCUGCUGCCUCACAUAAACAGAAAGCUAUAGCAUUUGUCAUAGACAGCAGCUGACAGCAUACAGCUGCAAGAACCGCAUCGCUUGGACCUCACAGAGGUUUGAUCGCCUUUUAAGCUCCAAUUCAAUCUGGAGAUCGUUUGGUUUUAAACCGAGCGCGCGCACGAUGGUUCAUCUGCAUCCCCGCCGAAGAAAAGGGGCACUGGUUUGGCUGUUGCCCGGUCUGCUUGGAGUCUGCAUGGCAUUUGGCCCAAGCAAAGCAGAGGAGGAAGAUUAUGAGGACGUCCCUAUAAAUAAAACAUGGGUUUUAUCACCAAAGGUCUACGAGAGCGAUGUCACCCUUAUCCUAAACAAAUUACUGCAAGGUUAUGACAACAAACUGAGACCGGAUAUCGGAGUGAGACCGACAGUGAUUGAGACGGCAGUGUACGUGAACAGCAUAGGCCCAGUAGACCCCAUCAACAUGGAGUACACCAUAGACAUCUUCUUUGCUCAGACGUGGUACGACAGCAGACUCAAAUUCAACAGCUCAAUGAAACUCCUCAUGCUCAACAGCAACAUGGUCGGAAAAAUCUGGAUUCCUGACACGUUUUUCCGCAACUCACGUAAAUCUGACGCCCACUGGAUCACCACACCCAAUCGCCUUCUGCGGCUCUGGAGCAAUGGAAGAGUCAUGUACACUCUAAGGUUGACAAUUAAUGCGGAAUGCUACCUUAAGCUGCAUAACUUUCCCAUGGACGAACAUUCGUGCCCUUUGGAGUUUUCGAGCUAUGGGUAUCCAAGAAUGAGAUCCAGUUAUAGAUGGCAGCGUCGUUCUGUUGAGGUUGCAGACCAGCGGUACUGGAGGCUUUACCAGUUUGCCUUUGUGGGAUUAAGAAACUCUUCUGAUGUGGCAAACACUCAGUCUGGUGAAUAUGUGGUUAUGACCAUUUUCUUCGACCUGAGCCGGAGAAUGGGCUACUUCACCAUCCAGACCUACAUCCCCUGCAGUAUGAUUGUGGUUUUGUCAUGGGUCUCUUUCUGGAUUAAUAAGGACGCUGUACCAGCCAGAACAUCAUUAGGCAUCACAACUGUGCUCACCAUGACAAUGAGCACCAUCUCAAGGAAGUCCUUGCCGAAGGUGUCAUAUGUGACGGCCAUGGAUCUCGUUUCUGUGUGCUUCAUCUUCACCUUCGCUGCCCUGAUGGAAUAUGGGACUCUGCAUUACUUUACAAGCAAUCGACAGAACAAGAAGACCAAGUCAAGCCAUGCACAGAAACCCAGCAUGGUUAACAUCAGACCGGGGACAUCUCUGCUGCAAAUGAACAAUAUUGCUCCCUACCACGAGGAUGACGAUUACGCGUAUGAGUGUCUGGAUGGAAAAGACUGCACCAGUUUCUUCUGCUGCUUCGAUGACUGUCGCUCCGGAGCUUGGCGUGAGAACAGAAUGCAUGUCCAUGUCUCCAAAAUCGACUCUUACUCUCGAAUAUUCUUCCCAACCGCCUUCGGCCUUUUCAAUCUUGUCUACUGGAUUGGAUAUCUGUAUCUUUAAAGAUGUUGAGCAAGUGGGAGAAGGACUCUAGUAAUAUCGCAAAUCAUCUGUAAAUACUUCAUCUGCUAAAUCCAGCAGCAUAAAUCUUUGAGGGAAGGGACAUAUGAAGCUUGUGAGGUUGGAUGUAUUAAUACUUAAUGUGUCUUUAAUCGUACCGGGUAUGUGAUUUAUUAGAGGUUUAAAUCUUGAAAGGAUGAUUACAAUGAUUACUAUACAGCGUAUUACCAGCGAUAUCAUUGUUUUUGAGAAGGAAAUGCAAAUAGUUUGAUUUUCCAUCAGUUAAGCUGGCCAUAUCAAACAGAUUUCAGCUAUAUUGCCUAGUUUAAAAGCCACAAAAAUCAGCAGAUUUUAAAAAAGAAAUGCAAUAUUAGUGUUACCACUGCAGCUGUGUUAUCUUCAGGUUGUUAUCUCUCUAGCUGAAGCAAAAUUAUUAUUUGCAAUGAACAGUAGAUAAGAUAUUAGUCGCUUCUGAUGCAAAUUUUCCAAGAUAGUAGAUAGAAUAGCUAGCUGUGAGAAAAGUAGUAGCCUAUUUGUGCAUAUUAAUCAGAAUUUCUUA